CCAAGAAUUUCUUGCCAGUCCCAGUGUUCCGUUCGCUUUCAAACCGAGACUGACGACUUCCACGUUGGCAGGAUUGCUCCACCGUAACACGUACCGUUGCGCAUAUAGUCGUUCGAGACUCGAUAUUCUUCUUGAUUGUGAGAUUCUUAUGUACUCUUUCUUCUAUCACGAAAACAAUCAUGCAACUUCUCGCUUACGGCAGACCAUGAAUUUGACAUUUUGUGCCUGCCUGAGUAGCACGUCAUCUCCCAUGAUGAAUCACAAACGAUAAGAUCUACAUCUGCAGGCCCGAAGGGCAUCGUCGUUAACCUGGGUUCAACAUGAAAGUAGCAACCAUCCAGUUUUCACCUCGUCUGGGAGAGGUGGCAGCAAAUUUCAGCCGUGCAGAGAGCCUACUCAUGCGGGAGGAAAGAGAAGGCUUGCUCGACGGUAUCGACCUCCUUGUGCUACCGGAGCUUGCAUUUACUGGAUACAAUCAUCCUUCUCUUGCCGCCAUUGCACCAUUCUUGGAGCCGACCGCCGCGGGUCCUUCUACGAAAUGGGCGUCUCGAACUGCUAAGCGUUUGAAAUGUACAGUUGCCGUCGGUUAUCCAGAAGCCGCCGAAGGAGGCAACUACAACACCAUCUUUGACAAAGAGAUUACUGCGGAAGUUGGCGCCAUUGCCUAUAAUUCACUUGUCUUUGUCAGUUCCACGGGAGAUGUCGUCGCUCACUAUCGCAAAUCCUUCCUGUACUAUACCGACGAAACAUGGGCCCAAGAAGGCUCCGGAUUUUGGGCUGGUGUGCUCCCGAUUGGGGGCAAAGGUCAGCAGGUCAAGGCUGCAGGGUGUAUCUGCAUGGACUUGAAUCCGUAUCGGUUUGAGGCGCCUUGGACGGCAUACGAGUUCGGCAAUCAUGCACGAGAAUCCCGUGCCAAAGUCGUCGUUGUCAGUAUGGCCUGGCUCACGAGGCUGAAUGCUGAAGAGGUAUCAAGUCAGAUGAUGGUGCCUGACCAUGACACCAUCAACUAUUGGGUGGACCGGCUCAGUCCGCUCUUCGGCACGCAGGGAGCGGAUCCGGAGGCGAUCGUCAUCUUCGCCAAUAGGGCCGGCGAGGAGGGCGUCAGUCCUAGAAUUGGCGAGGUGCGAUACGCUGGCAGCAGCAGUGUCAUGGGCAUGACCAAAGGCCAGCAAGUGCGAAUCUGGGAUAUUUUCGGCAGAGGCCAAGAAGGUGUUCUUCUGGUGGACACUGAGAGUCCGCCAAAGUAUACGAUCAAGCUCAGUACCGCCAGUAGUGAGUCGAGCGAUGCCACAGAGGAGGCCACCCACCAGUCUGUGGCCUGAGACCGUCCUUUGACCGGAAAAGACUCAAGAGAGUGUCUAGGUGAUGGGCGCCAACUGCAUCUAAUUCAAAGCUGCAUAUCCACACUAAGCGAGAAGAAUGUCUUGCUGUUUAGUGGACAGACAGUACACUAUGGAGGGCACGAUCAAGGAGCCAGAGCCUUUGCUGCAGGGAUUCUACAAGGCUACAUAUGUCUCA